AUGUCUUUGUCGUCCUCUGCAGACACCGACCAUCAGACCACCGCAGAUGACGUGAAUGUCCGAUACGGCCAUCAGUGCCGACAAUUGAGUGCCGAAGAGGUGGCCCGACUUGAGAGCCAUUCCUCAGUGGUCUCGGAGUUCAGACAAAACCGGUUGGAAAGGGAGGCGAAGAAGAAUUGGGACCUCUUUUACAAACGAAAUACAAACAAAUUCUUCAAAGACAGACAUUGGACUCAACGCGAGUUUGAAGAACUCAUGGCCUGCGAGGGCUCGGCUCAGGAGGACAGGGAUAUGUCGCUUCUGGAGGUGGGCUGUGGCGUCGGGAACACCGUUUGGCCACUCAUUGCACAGAAGACUAACUUCCGGUUCUAUGUCUGCGACUUCUCUCCCGUAGCCAUCGAUCUGUUCCGUCAGAACCCGCUCUUUGACGACAAGAAGUGCACGACUUUCGUGACGGACGUCACCGAAGAGGACGCCAUCCGAAGACAUUUGGGAUCAGACGUGCACUUGGAUUACGUGUCGUUGAUAUUCGUGUUGUCGGCCAUUAAUCCCAAGAAAAUGAGAACCGCUUUGAAUAAUAUCCAUCAGGUAUUCAAAGCAAUCAUUUAUGGCUUUUAUUAA